AUGCAAGAGGCGUUCUGGGAGAAGACGUCCAAGGCGGCUCACCCGGAGCGGUGGUACCCGUACUGGUGGGCGCUGCCUCUCGCGCCGUACGGAGGCAAGGCGACCGCGAUGAGCGUCGCGCAUCCCAACGAGGUGUGGUGCUUCGACCAGCUCCAGGGCUUGCUCGACGUCCUCGUGAACGUGCGCAUGACCGUCGUGAGAUUAAACGGAGGCGGUCUGUGGGUGCACAACCCGAUCGCGCCGACCGCGGAGCUCAUGUCCAUGCUCGCGCCGAUCGUGGACGAGCACGGGCCGGUGAAGCACAUCGUCGUCGGCAGCGCCGCGAUCGAGCACAAGAUUUACUCCGGCCCGUUCAGUAAGAAAUUCCCGAGCGCCGACGUCUGGAUCCCGCCCAAGAAUUGGACGUUUCCGGUGGACGUGCCCAUCGACGCCUACGUGCCGUAUUACCCGAGAGGGUCGCCGAAGACGCUGCCCGAGGACAGCGCGAGCGGCGUCGGGAGCGUGCCGUGGGGCGAUCAGAUCGAGCACAGCGUCAUCGAGGUGGGCGGGAGCAGCCUGCGGAACUUCAAAGAUCCGUGGUUCGUCGACACGGCGUUUUAUUUAAAAAAGACGAAAACGCUCUUGAUCACGGACGUCGUCAUGAAAGUGAACCCGGACCCCGUGCCGGUGGCGACGAUCAACCCGGAGCCGCUGCUCGUGCGCGGGAUGGAAGGUCCGGACAAGAUGCUGCCGAACACGCGAGAGGCGCGGAGCAUGGGGUGGGGGAAGACGAUCUUGUUCGGGCUGCUGUUCCAACCUGCGAGCGUGGACGUCAAGGUGUCGCCGGCGAGCGUGAACAAAGACCUGCUGGAUAACUUCACGUGGGACGAGCGGUGGAAAGCGUCGUUUCAGAACUUGGUCGACAAGGACAUCUUCGUGCCGCCGAUUCUGCACGUGCUCGCGUUCCCGCGAAGGAGGGACGAGGUCAAGCGGUGGGCGGAGGGCGUCGCGGCGUGGGACUUUAACACGAUCAUCCCGUCGCACCUGGACGGGCCCAUCGACGCGGGGCCGAAGGAGUUCGCCGCCGCGAUCGACGCCGCGCUGACGACGGACCCGAGAGCGUUCUUCGGCGAGGACAUCGAACCUCUGCUCGCGGUGGACAAGUUAUCCCGGGAUCUGAAGUCGUUAGAGGAACCGCGGCCGCUGACGGACGCGACGCCGAUCAAAUAUUUCGUGAAGCCGGCGCCCGCGCCCGCGGAGGAGGCGAGCGCCGUCGAGGUCGCGUAG